AUGAGGAACCUGAGGCCCAGAGAGGCCGACCUGGUGGACCUCUGCGGGCAGACGUGGCAGGGGGCCGGGCUGCGGCUGCGCUCGCACUCCGCCUCGCGCAGGUUCUACUUCCUGGCCCCGGACACCGACUGCGGGCUCUGGAUGCGGGCGGCGGCCGCUGGCGACAGGACCCGCUUCCAGUUCUGCUUCUUCCUGGUCUACAGCUUGGCCGCGGCGGCCCGGGCGCCCCCAGCGUCCCGGGCACCCAACGCCUCCUCCCCCGCGCCGGCCGGCCCGUGCGCCCCCGGGUCCUACCUGCAAUUCUACGAGGGCCCGCCGGGGGCGCCGCGGCCCCUGGGGGCCACUCUCUGCGGCCUGACCAUCCCCGCCCCGGUGGCGUCCUCCCGACCCUUCCUGGGCCUCCGCCUGCUUACGAGAGGCCGCCAGCCCCGCGUGGACUUCGUGGGCGAAGCCACCUCUUUCCGGCUGGGAGCCUCUGGCGCCUACUUCCGCUGUCAGAACGGCAGGUGCAUACCCCCGAGCCUGGUGUGCGAUCGCUGGGGUGUGGACAACUGUGGUGAUGGUAGUGACCAGGCUUCUGGGCCACCAGCCGACUGCAGAGGUCAGAGCCCAGCACCCACCAGGCGGGGAGUAACGGAUGGCCCUACGUCCAAGCCCCUGACGCUCCCCCCGGCUCUCAGGUCUGCAGGAACUCUCCAGACGGCCGCCCAGAGCACCCCCCUCGCAGGCCGGGCCCCGGAACAGCAGGGUACAAGCAGCUCCUCUGGGAGGUAGAUGGCUCUUGCUUUCCAUCCGCUCCCACUCCUCCCACCAAGGUCACACUUGUCCCUCCCCACGUGACAGGCACGGGGCCUGAGCGGGCUUUCCCUUUCUUUCGGCAGGCCCCCGGCUCCGAGGCGUGGCGCUGGUCUCCUCGCUGGUCCUAGUGUCCGCGGGCCUCCUCGUGGGCCUCCUCUGGGGCUACUGCUCGUCCCGCUGGCUGGCCUGGCGGGCUGGUGCCCACGGCCUCUGCCCCGGCUGCACCGCCUGUUACCCGUGUCCGGGCCGGGUGGCUCCUGGGGGGCUGCAGGCCAGUGGGCCGGCCUUGCAGGGUCGGGGAGGACAGCCCUAGAGGCUGUGGCUUCAGAAACAGGAGAGUGGGCUCUGGGGUCAGACAGACUUCGCGUUCCACCCCACCCCCAGGAGGGCCACCUGACCUUGGGCACGUCACCAAACCCGCAGACUCAGUCUGCUCCUCUCCUGCCUUGUGGCUGUCGUGAGGUACACGGGGGCUAAACGGCCCCGAGGCUCGGGAGGUCGCUGGCACCCUGCUGGAUUCGGGAAGGGCAGGGAGCAGGGGCCUCGCUCCCCUGCAGCUGCCUUGCUUCACCCCCGGUGCUCACCUGCCCGGCUUUGCCCGCCCCCCAGCACCCCCUCGGGUUCCACCGAGUCAAGCCCCAGCCAGAGGUGCAGGAAAUCGCUGUGGCAGGGAUAGCACCGUUUAUUAAGAAAGAUCAAGACAAAGACCACAGGAGGGUCCCUUCUAGGACACGGAGGCCAGGCGUCCUGACCCCACAUCUGCGGGCUGCUGGUGGAGAGGGCACAUGCCCCCACAUGGGCCCUCGGGCUCCCCACAGAUGGGGCAGGGCUGUCAUGUCCCCUUCCUGUCCCUCCCAGGCGUGAGUCCUGGCAUCUCCCACCCAAGGCACUAACUCUUUUCAACCACCAGUGCCCUCCUCUCCCCAUGUCCCCUGGGCCUUCACUUCCAGAUCAGUGGGGGGAGGGGGAUAUGGCCUGGUGGGGGCGGGGAGACCCUCUCAGUGCUGGGUUCUGCCUGUAGCAGCUCCUGGGAAGAGUUGGGGUGGAGUUUCCCUUGCCGCCCCUGAGGGCAGGGGCCCUGGGCCAGGCAUUGGGGGGCGGGGGGCGGGGGGGCGGGAUGCGGGCCAGGAGGGCUCGGUGGGAGGGGGAGGCUGCCAGGGGCAGGGGGCCCGGCUGGCUAGGCAGAGGUGGAAGGGGCUGGGACACGGGCUGGCGGUGGCGGGCUGGCCUGCCCAGGGGUGAGCUGCCUGGCAAAGGGAGCUGGGGAGGCACCAGGCUGUGGGCUGCGGCUGGCUCCUGUGGGACUGAGGGGCCCGAGGGCUGCUGGACUGGACAGCCCAGCUCUGGGGGGGGGAGGGGCUCUCGAGCGGUGGUGACAGUUCGGAGCCCACUCGGCCGCCGUGUCUGACCGCAAGUCCCGGCGGCCCUCUGAGGCACCGGCUCUCAUCCAACCUGCCCUACCUACCAGCCUGCGGCUUUGCCCAGGUGUGUUUGUGUAGGGGGGGUGGCACGCCCACCCUCCAGUCCAGCCCAGGGCAGUAGCAGCAAAGCGUGGCAUUGCCUCAGUUUCUUACAAAAUAUUCAUCAUCAUAAUAUUAAUAAUAAUAUACUCGACGUCGUGGGGCUGGGACGCCGCCUGGGAGUCCGUCUGGGGCAGGCGGCUGCCUACGAGGAGCAGGGCCGGGUGUU